UUUGUAGGAAUCACAAGCAAGUUGAGACUGAACGAAAGGAGAACGUUUCUUUGCGAUUUCAGAGGCGCACAACCGGCUGACAAACUAUUUCUUCAGGCGCAGUGCUUUGACAAGUAUGAACAACAUUAUAAUACUCCGCUGCCGCUUUACGUUUUUGUCCUAUUAAAUUUUUCUACGGUGAUUGUGGUAUGCCUUGUUUACAGUUGGUGUUUCGUGAAAUCUCGAGUGGAUAAGCUACAGGCGGCGUUGAUACCAGACGCAGAAAACCCUCGUCCACGGCCUAGAGUCGAAACUCGUUGUAUUUUCUUCUUCUACUUCCUUCAUCUCGUCGCACGACUGUCGUUGGGGAUCAUUUUCGCGGUGUUGCAAAACUUCGUGUUUUAUUCAGGCGGCUUCCAAGUAGCAUUCGUUUGCAUUUCCUUCCGGAGACUGGAAUCAUUGAAUGCCACAGAAAGCGCUUCGUCCGCAAAAAGCGAACCUACCAUAUUUUGUCACAACUCCGUUGCAUCUGAAAAGGGCACAUGCGCACAGUUGGUCCUUGUGGUUAAUGUCAUAUUUGCAUUUCUGGUCUUCGGGGAAAUUGUUUAUCUUGUAGUGCGAGCAUUUCGAAGAAGCAAAUUCGCGUCUGACUCAGAAUUUUGUGCAAAUUAUUUCUUUCACCAAAGCGUGACAGCUCUGACACCAGCUUGCUUUCGGCAACGCAUGAAAAGGAGAAUAUUACAAGAGACAGAAUUUCUGGAACCACUUAUCCACUGUGGUAAGGAAAGCGCAAAUGAGAGGGUUUCUUUGGAUAAAAUAUUCGUCGAUCUGAUCAUUUACACCGGAAGAGCUACUGACGAAUUUCUUAGGGAAUGCAAAAGGCAUCUAAUAUACGACUUUUACUUGAAGCCUGAAAGUAAAAAAGGAUCUGUUGAGAUCAAGACGCGCAAAGAGCUUUUUCUAGCCAACGAAGAUGCCGACAACCCUCGCAAAAUUCUUAUCGUUGGUCGCCCUGGCAUCGGGAAGUCACUGCUCUGUCGAAAGUUGCUUCGGGACUGGAGCAAAGGGCAACUUUUCCGUAACAUUUCGGAGCGUUUUAGGUACGCCUUUUUGUUCCAAUUUCGAUCAUUCUAUGCUGAAACAACAGAGAAGAUUUCCCUUUGGCAAUUGUUUAAUCGCGCUGCUUAUAUGGAAGGAACAGUGGACCAUGGCCUUUUUCAAGAGUUAUUGGACAACCCCGAGACAAUCCUGCUUGUAUUUGAUGGCUUAGACGAAUUUAAGGACCAGAGCAGUUGUACUGCAAACGAAGCCGCACGGUUCGGUAAUUCUCCUACCGAAGAAAUGCCGGUAUCAGCCUUGUUCGCAAAGUUACUGCAAGGUAAACUCCUUCCCGAUGUAACAGUAGUGACGAGCUGUAGGCCAACAGCACUGGAAAGCGUCGAGGUCUCAUAUUUUGAGAGGACUGUGGAAAUUAUGGGAUUUACGGAAGAGAAGGCUCGCAAAUAUGUGAACAAAUACUGUCAAGGAGACGGCCACACUGCAGCCAGAAUAUGGGAACAUCUGAGAAGUAACUUACACUUGUUGUCUUUAUGUUACAUUCCUGUGAAUUGCCGCAUAUUUUGUUACUAUCUGAAGGAGUUAAUCGAGCCAUCUCCACCUGACGCAGGAAGCGUCAUUUUGCCCACAAGACUGACGGACGUGUACCUUGGAGCCCUAAGAUUGUUUGUCUUUUCACAUCAUCCUGAAUUUCGAGAUAAACCAUUUCGAGGAAAUGAACGCUUUUCAGAUUCGGUUGAAAAGACUUUGACUGAUCUUGGAUCGUUGGCAAGUAGAGGUAUAGAGGAAGGACGGUUAAUAUUCGAUAAAGAAGAAGUCGCAGGAAUGACAAAUUGUGGUUUGCUGACCCAAUUACCUGACGCAAGGUUGUCACCGGUGGAAUUCAAACAGUGCUUCAGCUUCAUCCAUUUAACCUUACAAGAGUUUCUCGCGGCAAGAACAAUUUCGAAGAUGGAGCCAGCUGAACUGAAGAUCUUUAUCACUUCCAACGCUGACGAUCCAAAGUGGCAGCUUGUCAUUCAAUUCAUUGUAGGAUUGAUCCAUGGUAAAAAAAUGGAGGCCAUCGAGGGCAUUGUGUCUUGCCUCCAAGAUUCGCUGGUCUCAAAAACACCAAACAGAACGACAAGAAGGAAAGCUUUACUCAUGAUAAACUGCCUGUACGAAUACAAUGACGAGGCUACAAUGAAGAGAGUAGCUUCAAUGUUAAAGCAGAACAGGGAUUUCCACGGAUUGAUUCCGUUAUGGAAAUGUAACAUCACACCUGUCGAUUGCACAGCAAUUGUUUACCUCUUGAAACACAUUGAGCCGCUAAAUUACUACCUUGAGCUGACUUACAAUUCCUUAGGAGAUGGCGGUUGUAAAGAACUUACAAAGCUGCUGAAAGAGGGAGGUCCAGUCGGACUGGUGAUAACCGAGAACAAAAUUACUGAUCAGGGCUUGAUUGCACUGUUAGAAGCUAUCAAUGCGGACAGUUGCAAACUAAAAAAAUUGAACCUUGCUGUGAACACCUCGAUCACUCCAGAAGCUUUGGGUCUUUUAUGCGAGUCGCUGAAAGAGAGGAGUUGUAAACUCUCCCAUUUGAACCAUGGAGGACUCCAGCUCACUGAUCAUGUAUUGACACAACUGUGUGAGUCACUUCAGUAUAUGAACUCCUCAUUGACCCACAUUCAGGGAAAAUGA